AUGACUGGCGAGCGGCUUCCCGAGGUCGACCUCGUCACCAGGAUGCAGGUCGACGAUUCUGUUGUGGGCAAUACCGAGAUCGACGAAUCCCUCUACAGUCGACAGCUCUAUGUCUUGGGCCACGAGGCUAUGAAGCGCAUGGGCGCUUCAAAUGUUCUCAUUGUUGGUCUCAAGGGUCUCGGUGUCGAGAUCGCGAAGAAUAUCGCCUUGGCCGGCGUCAAGAGCCUGACACUUUACGAUCCCGCACCCGUUGCCAUCGGCGACCUCUCUUCUCAGUUCUUCCUUCACCCAGAUGAUGUGGGAAAGCCUCGAGACCAGGUUACAGCGCCUAGAGUUGCCGAACUCAACGCCUACACCCCCGUACGCAUCCACGAGUCCUCCAACAUCGCCGAGAAUCUGUCCGAACUCGACAAGUAUCAAGUCGUUGUCCUCACAAACACACCGCUCAAGGCCCAGAUAGCUGUUGGUGAAUACUGUCACCAGAAGGGCAUUUAUGUCGUUGUCGCCGACACUUUCGGCCUGUUUGCCUCCAUUUUCUGCGACUUCGGCGAGAAGUUCACAGUUAUUGAUGCCACCGGCGAGAAUCCCGUCAACGGCAUCGUAGCAGGAAUCGAUGAAGAGGGGCUGGUGUCCGCUCUCGAUGAGACUCGUCAUGGGCUGGAGGAUGGCGACUAUGUUACAUUCACAGAGGUUGAGGGCAUGGAGGCUCUAAACGGCUGCGAGCCGAGGAAGAUCACAGUUAAGGGACCGUAUACAUUCUCCAUCGGGGAUGUGUCCGGUCUGGGCCAGUAUAAGCGAGGUGGACUGUACCAGCAGGUCAAGAUGCCGAAGUUCCUCGAUUUUAAGAGCAUAUCCGCUUCCAUGAAAGAUCCAGAAUUCGUCAUAUCCGAUUUCGCCAAGUUCGACCGUCCUCAACAGUUGCAUGUGGGAUUCCAAGCUUUGCAUGCAUUUGUCCAGACUCACGGGCGCUAUCCGAGACCCUUCAAUGCCGAGGACGCCACGGUGGUCAUCGCAUCUGCACAGGCAUUCAUCAAAUCUGAAGGUCUGGAUGUUGAGGUGGAUGAGAAAGUGCUCACGGAGUUGAGUUAUCAGGCUAUGGGAGAUCUUAACCCCAUGGCGGCUCUCUUCGGUGGACUGGCAGCGCAAGAGGUUCUCAAGGCUGUGUCGGGCAAGUUCCAUCCUAUCAAGCAAUGGCUGUACUUUGACUCGUUGGAGUCUCUUCCUACGAGUACAAAGCGGUCUGAGGAGCUUUGCACACCAAUUGGUUCUCGCUACGACGGCCAGAUUGCAGUUUUCGGCAAGGAGUAUCAGGAUAAAAUCGCAAACAUCAAACAAUUCCUUGUCGGCGCUGGCGCCAUUGGUUGCGAAAUGCUCAAGAACUGGGCCAUGAUCGGGCUUGGUACUGGUCCUAACGGCCAAAUUACGAUCACUGAUAUGGACUCCAUUGAGAAGAGCAAUCUUAACCGUCAGUUUUUGUUCCGAGCCAAGGAUGUUGGCCAAAUGAAGAGCGAUUGCGCAGCCAGGGCAGUCCAGGCGAUGAAUCCCGACUUGGUUGGGCACAUUGUGUGCUUGAAGGACCGCGUCAGCCCUGAAACGGAGCAUAUCUUCAAUGAGGAGUUCUGGGAGGCACUAGAUGGUGUCACCAACGCCUUAGACAAUGUUGAGGCGAGAACUUAUGUCGACCGACGAUGUGUUUUCUUCCACAAGCCUCUCCUGGAAAGUGGUACGCUAGGAACGAAGGGUAACACGCAAGUGGUGCUUCCUAACCUAACAGAGUCCUACUCUUCAUCCCAGGACCCGCCUGAGCAGUCUUUCCCUAUGUGCACUCUCAGGAGCUUCCCCAACAAGAUCGAGCACACUAUUGCCUGGGCGCGAGAGCUUUUCGAGACGUCAUUUGUAAAGCCUGCGGAAACUGUCAAUCUCUACUUGACCCAGACGAACUAUCUCGAAUCCACCCUCAAGCAAGGCGGGAAUGAGAAGGCCACCCUCGAGAUGCUCCGAGACUAUCUCAAGGAUGAGCGGGCUCUGACUUUCGAAGACUGUGUCAGCUGGGCUCGAAUGCUCUUUGAGAAACAGUACAACAAUGCGAUUCAACAGCUCCUCUACAACUUCCCUAAGGACGCUGUGUCCUCCAGCGGCACUCCGUUCUGGUCUGGACCCAAACGAGCACCUGACCCGCUGAAGUUUGAUACCGAGAAUCCUACUCAUUUUGGCUUCUUGGUUGCUGCUACCAACUUACAUGCCUUCAACUACAACAUCAACGUUAAAGACAAGGACAAGGCUGCCUAUCUCGCAGCAUUGGACUCCAUGAUAAUCCCUGACUUCUCGCCCGAUUCAAAUGUGAAGAUCCAGGCCGAUGACAAGGAUCCAGACCCGAAUGCGGCAGGUGGGAGUGCGUUCGAUGAUACUGCUGAGCUCCAGAAGAUCAUGAGCGCUAUUCCUGCACCAAGCUCCUUGGCAGGCUUCAAACUGACGCCGGUUGAGUUUGAGAAAGACGACGACACAAAUCAUCAUAUUGACUUCAUUACUGCUGCUAGCAAUCUACGAGCUGAGAAUUACAAGAUUGAACAGGCAGAUCGCCACAAGACUAAGUUCAUUGCUGGAAAGAUCAUUCCGGCGAUUGCCACAACGACGGCACUCGUCACUGGGCUGGUAGUCCUGGAGCUAUACAAGAUCGUUGACGGCAAGACGGAUAUCGAGCAAUACAAGAACGGCUUCAUCAACUUGGCGUUGCCCUUCUUCGGCUUCAGUGAACCUAUUGCUAGCCCGAAGGUCGAGUACAAGGGACCGAACGGAAAGGUCACUCUCGACAAGAUAUGGGACCGCUUCGAGAUCAACGACAUCACAUUGCAGGAGCUCAUUGACGACUUUGAGAAGCGUGGCCUCAGUAUCUCCAUGCUGAGCUCAGGAGUCAGUCUUCUAUACGCCUCUUUCUUCCCACCUGCAAAGCUCAAGGAGAGAUACGGGAUGAAACUGAGCCAGCUGGUGGAGACGAUCUCGAAGAAGCCAAUCCCAGCUCACCAGAAGGAAGUUAUAUUUGAGGUGGUGACGGAGGAUGCUGAUGGCGAGGACGUUGAGGUGCCCUACAUCAAAGUCAAGAUCAGGUAA